UUCCAAAAUGUGCCCUUUACUGGUCUGCAAGUAUUGGAAUACCGACAAUUCAAAACAUUAUGUCACAAAAAACAUUUGAAACAAUCAGACGUCACAUUCAUUUCAACAACAAUGAUAAUAAUCUGCCUUUGACUGAUUCCCGUCAUGAUCGGCUUUUCAAAAUACGACCACUUAUUCAGGAAAUUAAUAAUAAUUUUGGAAAAGUACCUAAGGAACAGUUUUUGUGUGUCGACGAACAGAUUUGUUCAACAAAAGCAAGAUCACAUAUGAAACGGUACAAUCCUAACAAGCCUCAUAAAUGGGGAUAUAAAAUAUAUGUUUUAAGCGGUAAUUCGGGCUUCUGCUAUAAAUUCGAGAUUGAUUCUGGCAAUGAAAACGUAGUACUACUUAACGAGCCAGAUCUAGGAGCAGCAUCAAAUUGUGUUGUAAGAUUGGCCAGAGAAGUCCCCAGGCAUCAGAAUUUUCGCCUAUAUUUUGACAAUUAUUUUAAUUCAUUACCUCUUUUAAACAAGGCCAAAAAGGAAUAUAUACAAAUUGACCGUCCUUUCGCUGUAGCACAAUACAACAGUUAUAUGGGAGGCGUUGAUCUGAUCGACAGUAUAAUCGGAAGAUAUAAAAUUUUAUUGAGAAGCAAACGUUGGCAAGUCAGAAUCUUUUAUCAUUUACUGGACCUUACAAUCAGCAACGCUUGGUUGUUGUAUAAACGUGUUAUGAAGGCAAAUGGAUAUCCUGGAAAAGUUUUAAGUUCAUCAGACUUUCGGCUUGAUAUCGCAGAAGUGCUAACAAAAGUUAACACUAAAUCAAAAUUGGGUAAACGAAGUUCCGUCAUUGAAAAUGAAUUGCAGCUAAAGAAGCAGAGAGGUCCAACUCAGCAUGUACCAAACCAAAUGGUACGACAGGAUCAGGUUGGACAUUGGCCAAUUUGGGCAGACAAAAGAAUAAGAUGCAAGUUUCCAAACUGUGCAGGAUAUUCUCAAGUCAUGUGCAACAAAUGUGGAGUAGCUUUAUGCUUCAAUAAAAGAAAUAAUUGUUUCACCAAUUUUCACUUAAAUUAAACAGUAAUUUAAGCGCCUUAUAGCAAAUAUUAUAAUAAAAUUUACGUUUUAUCUAUGUAAACUGAGCACUGAAACUAUUAAAUAUAUUAUGAAUUCAAAUAUUUUGUUUAGUGCACUAAAAACAUUACAAAUAUAUUCAUUUAUGUUAAAUAAAUUUUUGGAUUAUAUUAAGUUUAAUUUUGAACCCAAGCAUAUUUGAUGUAUUUAUGCAACAUAUCCUUUAUCCUUAAUAAAAGUGUAAAAAAUCAAAAA